AUAUAUAUAUAUAUUGUACUUCAUUUCUAAUUCUACAUAAAAAUAUAUGCAUUUGCACUAUAUGUCCGAAGAAGGUCACAGUUGUUGACAUUAAAUCUCUUCACAUUUAUCUGGCAACAAAAAGUCUUUUUGUUAGACAAUUUUUGUGUGAAACAUCACAGAAAAUUUGUAUUGGGUUGGGUUGUGUAACAAUAAAAUCCUACAUUGCAAAACAGAUUUUUUUUUUAGUCCGACACAAAGCACUUUAUAGGACUAACAGGAGAGGAGACCUGUGGAGCUUUAUAGAUGCACACAGAAACACACCUGAUAUAAGGUCAAAGUCUGAAGUUCAGAAAAUAUAAGAGGAAAUCUGACAUGUCUGAAGGUGGAACUACCGAACAACAGUCUUAAAUAAAGAUAUAACUUGAAAUAAUCGAAAAAAUAUUAAGACUUCUUGUGAACACAGCUGAUAUUCACUCACAGAACAGAAAUGGCAAAUUCUUUACCACCACCAUUACCAAUGCGAACCACCAAGAGACUAAGCAUGGACAGAUCUCUCUCUCUGUCAUCCUCCAUGCGUCCUCUGUUCGAAGAGCUUCAGUGUUCAGUUUGUCUGGAUGUGUUCACUGAUCCAGUCAGCACUCCAUGUGGACACAACUUCUGUAAGAGCUGCCUGAACUCGAGCUGGGAGAACAGUCAGGUCUGUAGCUGUCCAUUGUGUAGAGAAAGAUUCAGCGAUAGACCUGACUUGAAGAUCAACACAGAGCUUAGACAGCUUGGCCAACUCUUUAAGGAAAGGUUGACUGUGCGAAUAUCUGAGGUUCUCUGUGACAUCUGUGAUGGGAGAAAGAUGAAAGCUUUGAAGUCCUGUUUGACAUGUCAGACUUCUUACUGUGAAACUCACUUAGAGCCUCAUCGAAGAGUCCCGAACUUCAAGAAACACAAACUAAUAGAGCCUGUGAAGAAUAUAAAGGACUACAUAUGCCAGAAACACGAGAGACCUCUGGAGCUGUUCUGUAGAGAUGAUCAGAUGUGUGUUUGUGUGUUUUGCACUGAUGGAGACCACAAGACUCACAACACUGUUCCUCUAGAGGAGGAGAGUAAAGUGAAAAAGACUCAGCUGAUAGAAACUCAGAAAGACAUGCAGAAGAUGAUUCAGGACAGAAACAAGAAGAUUCGAGACAUCAAACACUUGGCAGAACUCAGAAAAAAGCAGGAUGAAAAGCUGAUUCAAGAGCUGCAGCAGGAAAUCAAUGAACUGAAGAUAAGAAACUCAGAGCUGGAUCAUCUCUCACACACUAAGGAUCACCUUCAGCUCCUACAGCUUUACCCAUCCAUAUGCAGCCCUUUAAAUGGCAGGAACUGGUCUGAUGUGAGCUUGGAGACUCUGAGGAGAGCUCUGACUCAACUGCAGGAAACCCCAGACCAGAAAGUCAGUCAAACUGUGUUGAGGAGGAUACAGCAGUUUGCAGUGGAUGUGACUCUGGAUCGUGAUACCGCUUAUCCAGAACUCAUCCUGUCUGAUGAUGGAAAAGAAAUGAUACAAGGAGACGUUUAUCAAGACCUCCCAGAUAUCCCAGAGAGGUUUGAUCAUUGCCCUUCGGUCCUAGGAAGAGAGGGAUUCUCCACAGGGAGAUUUUAUUUUGAGGUGAAGGUGAAGGGCAAGACUGAGUGGAUUUUAGGUGUGGUCAGAGAAUCAAUUAACAGGAAGGGGAAAAUCAAACUGAGUCCUCAAGACGGACACUGGUGUGUGGCUCUGAUGAAAGGAGAUCAAUACUGGGCCUGUGCUGAUCCAGCGGUCUCUCUAAAUGUGAAGCCGCAGAAGGUUGGGGUGUUUGUGGAUUAUGAGGACGGUCUGGUCUGCUUCUUCGAUGUGGUGUCCAGAUCUCAUAUCUUCUCUUUCACUAGACAGUCUUUUAUUAAUAGGGUUUAUCCGUAUUUUUGUGCGUGUUUUACCAGUAACGGUAAACAUUCAGUACCACUGAUCAUCUCACCUGUUAAAUACAGCGAAUGAAAGUACACCUCAGAUAAAAUUGACGAGUUUUAAUGAGUUUGUAAACAAGGAAUCUCAAAAUGGUAAUUAUGCAUAUUUUUAAAUCAAGGUUCAUGUUGUGAUCAUGUUAGCUCCUGCUGGUACAUCCUGCAACUACACCAUUUGCUGCAAAAUCAGUGAAAUGUACUCAUUAAUUUAUCUAAAAAUUUGUAAAGAAAAAAAUUAUUUUAUUGUAAUAAAGACCAUUAUAUAUGGGA